UUACAAAUAAACUUUAUUGCAGGAGAAAAAUUAAACGACGGUGAUUUAUUAGCUGAAAUUGAAACAGAUAAGGCGACCAUGGGGUUUGAAACACCAGAAGAGGGAUAUCUGGCCAAAAUAUUAGUUCCAGCCGGUACCAAAGAUGUUCCUGUUGGAAAACCUGUAUGUGUGAUUUGUGAAAAUGAGACAGACAUUGGAUCUUUUGCCAAUUUUGAAGAUAAAAGUGGUAGUUCUGUGCCGAAAAUGCCAGUCUCUCCGACUCUUUCAACACCAUCAACACCACCGCAACCGCCAACUCCUACUCCUUCCACUGUCACUCCAGCUCCUGCCACUCCAGCUCCUGUCACUCCAGCUCCUGUUACUUCAAGAGCUUUGACUGAAAAGGGAAGAGUGUACGCCAGCCCGAUGGCUAAAAAUUUGGCAGAAAAGAAAAAUUUACGGCUGGAGGAUGUUGGUAAAGGAAGCGGAAUUUAUGGUUCGGUGAAAGUUGCAGACUUGCAAAUGUUAAAGGACAAAACAGUCUCACAACAACUACAGAGUGCCACUUUUCCACCUUACGAAGAUCAUCCUAUAUCUGGAAUGCGAUCUGCAAUCGCCAAAAAACUUCUACAAUCUAAACAAAUAUCUCCACAUUUUUACACUAGUGUCGAAUGUGUUAUGGAUGAAGUUCUGUUAUUAAAAUCAAAAUUGAAUGCUGUUUUAGAAAAAGAAAAACUUAAAUUGACAGUUAACGAUUUUGUUGUGAAAGCUACUGCUCUUGCAACGAAGAAAGUCCCUGCAGCCAAUUCUGCUUGGCUGGAAACAGUCAUUAGACGAUAUAAGUCUGUUGAUGUGUGUGUUGCUGUGAGCAUAAAAAGCGGUUUGAUAACUCCCAUCGUUUUUGGAGCAGACACUAAAGGUUUAAUUGAAAUAAGCGAAAACAUCAAAACUUUAUCUAAAAAAGCCAGAGAUGGGACUCUGCAACCGCAGGAAUAUCAAGGCGGAACCAUAACUGUAUCCAAUAUGGGCAUGUAUGGCGUUCUUCAUUUCUGCCCUAUAAUCAAUCCUCCACAGACCUGCAUCUUGGGAGUUGGAUCAAGUCAUGAGAAAUUUGUACCUGUCAACAAAGUCGGGGUAGUUAAAAACGUUAUGGUUGUUACGCUGUCUGCUGACCAUAGAGUGGUAGAUGGAGCUAUAGCUGCUCAGUGGCUGCGAGCUUUUAGGGAAUUUAUAGAAGAUCCCCAUAAAAUGCUUUUAUAAUUAUUUGGGGCUAUUGAAAAAAUUCUUUCGUUCAAAAAGAAGAGAUUGCAACUAGAAUGACAUGCACAAGCGAUGACUUUGACUACUUUCGUCAAAAAAAAGAAACCAGACUGUGAAAGUGCAGAUCUUGCCUCAUGAAUGCCAAACUAGAUUUUAUGUUUGUUUCAAAUACUCGUAGGCUUGUGUAUAAGUAAACAAGUGGUAUUUAUAUUGAUUAUUAAAAAUAAAGCUUGUUUGGUAUUUCUGUUAA